GGGAACCGACUACUGGAAGCAGAUUUGAAUUGGUUCCGAACAUAAAGAUGGUAAGUUCAUCGUAGGCGAAUUGACCGAGGUUAAGAUGUGUCUCUGUCAAUCUGGAGUAUCGUUCCCCGCACGCUCUUUCGGCUCCAACCUUUGACCAUUGGCACCAAGCGAUCUCUGAACCCAUUUCGCAGUCGAGCCAACUUGCAACAUAGCAAAGGUCAAGCAGAAAACCAAGCUCAGUGAAACAUCGAGCGCAAAUCCGGAAGUUGAGAAGAGACUCGAUAUAUCUCAGCCUUAUCGACUGCCAUCGAAGGCUUACCAGCAUGGCUCCCAACUUCCCCAACCUUACCAUAGAAUCCCCGGCCUCAGCGCCCGGGGUACAUAUCAUCACCAUGAACAAACCAGAGGAGAACCGCCUGAACGUGGCCUUUGCUCAGACAAUCAUCUCUGCCCUACGGUACAUCGAGACCGAGUUGAUCAAGCCCGACUCUCCAGGCGCCGUCAUCAUAUCCUCCUUCUCCGACAAAUUCUGGUGUACAGGUCUCGAGCUCGACGAGUCCGAUAGAAACAUUUUCGCCAACGCCGAUGGCUUCUACCCUCUUCUCGCUACGCUGGUUGACUAUCCUUAUCCGACCAUUGCCCUGAUCACAGGACACACCUUCGGCGGCGCAUGCCCGUUCAGUUUGUCCUGCGACUACCGUAUCAUGAACAGCAAAAGAGGCUUCAUCAGCAUGCCACCCGUGAAUCUAGGUCUGCAUUUCGACGGCAUCGGCGCGUUACCUCGGCUCAAGCUACAUCCGCAGAUCGCGCGGAAGAUGCUGCUCGAAGCGCACAAGUGGACCGGCGAGGGUGCCUUGAAGGACGGCAUUGUCGAUGAGAUCGCUCCACCGGAGAAAAUGAGACAGCGGGCCAUCGAGUUUGCAGCCAGCAUCGCUCCUCGAGCUACAAUGGGUGUCUACGGAUUGCUCAGGUCGGAACUAUGGGGUGAAGCUUUAGAGAAGUUCAAAGCCAUCAGCUACGUGCAUAGGAAGAGAGUAGGCACAGCUGCAAAGGCAAAGAUCUAGGUACAUAAUCUAUCA